AUGGGCCCACCGUCGUCGGCAGCUCGAAAGCGGCCUACCGCCACUCCGAAGAAGAACUUCACCAAGGUUCCGCCUUCGAAAAAGCCUGCGAGGCCAAAUGCCAGCAUCCUUAGCUUCUUUCAAAAGGCCGAAAAGCCUGAGCAGACCCUUUUUCUGGAUGGUCAAGAGAAGCUAGUGGUCCAAGCCGCCGACGACGACGAUGAGCCAAACAUCUACGACGCCGAGCCAUGGGAGGAGGAUAGAUUCAACGAGGUAGAGUCCUCGGUCAAGAAGAGAAGGUUGAGUCAAGAAGAAAACCAAAAAGAGACAGAGCGAUCGAGUCCAAAAGCAUCCAAGAGUCCCGUCGCCUCCGAACCCGCACCAUCGUCACCUACAGAGGCAAAGCCAACCAAGAAGGCGCCAGGAAAGCGCAAGGGCCCUUUUUUGGACGAAUCUGACAGCGAAGAGGGAGAGGAUGCAGACGAUACUUCCAAGAAGCCACUUUUUCUCAGCGCAAUUCGUAACACGGUGCCCAUUACGGCCCCCAUCAAAAUGGAAGAGAAGGAUGCGACGCCACCCGCGAAGGAGACGAGCUGCCCCCCGCCGCCACUGAAGGUUGAGGACUCGAUCGACAAUGAAUUUGCAAAUGUUGACGAGUUUGGUGACCUAGACGACUUCCCCGACGACGAAGACUUUGGAGGCGAAGAAUAUCGAAUGAUGCAGUUUAUGCAGGAGCAAGCCAGGCUGGAAGCCGAAGCAGAAGCUGUAGAAGAUGGCGACCAUUCUGGUGAUGACAUUCCCGACCCUGUUCGAUCAAGCGACGCCAUGGUGGCCAACUGCCCAAUAUGCGACGGGAGCCUUGCAGGAAUUACGCCCGCAGAAGCAACACGACACGUCAACGCCUGCCUCGACGGCAAUCCGAUACCCCUCCCUCAGCCUAAGCCAGCCAAGAAAGACCAAGUAGCGAAACCCCCGAUUCUCGACCCGCCAGAAGUCAAUAAGCGCUUUGCCCGCGCGGCCGUUCCGCGAGCUGGCCAAGCCAAUCCCUUCAACAUCGGGGAGACUGACAACAAGCCCAAAUCCGCAUUCACAAAGUUGAUGUCGGGCCAUGCGGAAGAUGCGGCUUGGGCAGGAGCUGCUGCGGCAGAGCACUCUGCGCGCGGCAAACCCGCAUAUCAACGCACCUGUCCGUUCUACAAAAUCAUGCCCGGAUUCUACAUUUGUGUGGAUGCAUUCAGGUAUGGUGCGGUCAAGGGGUGCAACGCCUACUUCCUGAGCCACUUCCAUAGCGACCACUAUAUUGGGUUGACUGCCAACUGGACCCAUGGACCUAUCUACUGCAGCAAAGUUACCGGGGACCUCGUGAAGAUGCAGUUGCGAGUCGCCGCACAUUGGGUUCGGCCACUUGAAUUCAACGAGACGGUUGAUGUUCCUGGCACCGAGGGUGUUACUGUCACUAUGAUUUCCGCAAAUCACUGCCCUGGGAGCUCCCUAUUUCUGUUCGAAAAGACAAUGGGAAAGGGACCGUCCGCGAGAAAGCAGAGGAUUUUGCAUUGUGGCGACUUCAGAGCUUGUCCAGCUCAAGUUGCGCAUCCCUUGCUCAAGCCAGAAGUGCAAGACUCGAUCUCAGGAAAGACUAGGCAACAAAAAAUUGACGUAUGCUAUCUCGAUACGACCUAUCUCAACCCGCGCUACUCUUUCCCUCCCCAGAACGACGUUAUUCGGGCAUGCGCGGAACUCUGCACAUCGCUAGCUCCUGAGCAGAAUUCUGAGGACAAUGCCUGGGACAGGGUCAAUAGGGAGGCAGGUACUGACACAGUCAGCAAGUUUUUCAGCAAAACCAAGAUAGAUGGCGAAACGACCAAAGCCAAGCCGAAGAAUGCCCCCAAGGAACGCCUGCUCGUCAUCUGCGGCACGUACUCGAUCGGCAAGGAGCGCAUCUGCAAAGCCAUUGCCCAAGCCCUGGGCAGCAAGAUAUUUGCUUCCAAGUCCAAAAUACGCAUCUGUUCCAAGCUUGGAGACCCAGAGCUUACGGCACUAAUGACAGACAACCCCCUGGAAGCGCAGGUCCAUAUGCAAAUGCUCAUGGAGAUCCGAGCCGAGACGUUGCAGGACUAUCUCAACUCCUACAAGCCACACUUUAGUCGAAUCGUUGGGUUCCGCCCUUCUGGAUGGAACUAUCGACCACAGGGUGCAGGCAAAUCGGUCUCGGCCAACACGCAGCCCGGCACCAUUCCAACUACCCAGAUUUUACAGGGCAGGGCAUGGAGGUCACGUUUUGGGGCCAAGGACUUUGUUGCUCAGCGUGGCAGCACGAAGGAAGCUAUGUGCUUUGGGGUGCCAUAUAGUGAGCACAGCAGUUUCAGAGAGCUAGCAAUGUUUCUAAUGGCACUGCGGAUUGAGAAGGUAGUGCCAACGGUCAAUGUCGGGAGCGAAACGUCCAGGAAGAGGAUGAAGGGCUGGACUGACAAGUGGUUGGCUGAGCGAAGGAAAGGUGGUUUGAUUCGUCCCCUAGAAGGUGAUGAGAGUCAAUCUAAGGACGUUGUGCUUUGGGACGGAAAGGAUAGUCGCGGAGGCGGCGUUUGGUGGUGA